AAAGCGAGCAGGAAAAGAAGACGCUCGCCAGGAUGUUUCGCCUGAAUGAUGGCCACUUCGUCAGGGAAUUCAGAACUUUGCUUUUCCAUCACAUUAUCUUCCUUCCUCUGAUACAGUCUUCUAUAGGUGAGGUUCAGAUUAUUGGCUCAUCUCAGCCAAUAUUGGCAACAGUUGGUGAUGACAUCAUUUUGCCGUGCCACCUGAAACCUGCUGUGGAUGCUUCAAACAUGCCAGUGGCUUGGUUGAGACCUGACCUGAACCCCACAGUUGUCCAUUUGUGGAAGGAGGGUGCAGAACUUGUAUUUACAAAACACAUAGACUACGACGCAAGAACAUCUCUGUCUCUCAGAAAAAUGAAGCAGGGAGACAUUUCAUUGACACUACAUAAAGUGGUGCUGACUGAUAAUGGCACAUACAAAUGCUACCUCCAAGUAUUGAAUAUUUCAUCUUCCGUAGAGCUUGUUGUCGGUGCUGUCUCCUCACCUGUCGCCACCAUAGCUCAAAUGAUCAAAAAAUCCUCCAGCAAAGUUAUUUUACAGUGUGAGUCUAAAGGCUGGUAUCCACAGCCUGAGGUGUUUUGGCUGGAUGAUGAGGGAAACCUCCUCUCUGCUGAACCUACAGAGACAGUCAGAGGUCCUGAUGGUCUCUAUACUGUCAGCAGCAGAGUGACUGUGGAGAAGAGCCACAGCAACAACUUCACCUGUAGAGUCAAAACAAACAAACACACCAGAGAGACACACAUUAUUGUUCCAGAUAUACUCUCAGUCUCGGACCAGCCUAAUUCCAGUUCUUCUGUUCCUACCAUCAUUGGUGUGAUUGUUGGCAUCAUAUUUAUUAUUAUUGCAGUCCUUGCUGUGUGGAAAUGGAGACAAAACAAAUGCAAGGCAGCUAACAGAGUGAGAGAGAAUAAUCACUCUACAAGUAACAACCCAUCGGUUCAGUAUCACGCUGUGGCACAAGGUCCUCAAACAGAAAAAGAGAAUGUGAGGUGUAGGAUUCAUCUGCCAACCCAGGAGGGGAACUGGAACAAUGAGACUGAGGUGGAUGGACAACAUGAACACAUCCCACUCUCACGUCAGAAUGUGAAUGGAGAUAUUCAACAGCUGAUCCUGGAGGAGGAGCAAGAUAUCAGGAACAAUGAGAUGAGAAAUGUCCUCGCAGAAACCUUGAGGAAGCUUGAGGAAGAAAAGAACAAGAGCAAGGCAUUUGAGGAUGAGAAUAAAAUGUUGAAAGAGAAUCUAGAAAAUGUGCAAUUGCAGCUCGAGGAUGAGAAGGAGAGGAGUGACCAACUGGAGAAAAACCUAAAAAAUGUCACUCUUCAGCUGGUAGAACGCGAUAACAAGCACAAAGAUUCAGAGCUUGAGGUUGAGGAGCAAGACACUUCAGAGGAAAGUGAUGCAGAGCAUAAGGAGUCAGAACAUGAAGAUUCAAAGCAUGAAGAUUCAGAUAUGGAUUCAGCAACUGAGUGCUCAGACUUUGAUAAUUCUAGGCUUUAGAAUUCAAAAUUCGUCCUACCUUUUAGCAAACCUCCGACUAAUAAAGGACAUGACAGAUCUCAGUUAAAGCACUCUGCUGAAAGUCCUCCUUCCUGCACAGUCCAACAUGAGCAGGACUCAGCCUCAACCAAACAGACCACACCUGAAGUGGUACAAGCCCAUGCUGUCUAUAUGUGAUAGUUGACCUUUUCUUCAGCUGACUGUACACCAAAUGCAUUAUUUGCUGCCUCAGAUUUUACUUAUCAACUUUAAUCUUUGAUAUUUGUACCUUCAUCUCUAUUAACUUUGUAUGGAUUUUUUAGGACUAAUAUUCUUCUUUUGGCAUCUGUUGCUUUUUGACAUUGCAUUGUUUUUCUUGCAUUUUUAAGCUCUUUUAUUUUGCUCUGUGAAGCACUUUGGAAUCCUUUCGUAUAAGGUAUAACAGAAUUGUGUAAAUUAUAGAUAUUUGUUAUUGUUAUUAAAGUUUCUUUGUAAAAUUAUCAUUAAUGCUGAAUUAUUACUGUUCUGCACUGGUUAGA